AUGUCUGACUUCCCACCUAAUUUAUGUAUUAGACCAUUAACGGUUGAAGAUGUCGACCAGUCAUUGCUCUUAGAGAAAGCUCUGUUUCCCGAGGGAGAAAGAUGCUCUCCUGAAACCAUCAAGUACCGUUUAACCGUGUGUCCUGAAUUAUGUUCCGGACUCUUUAUUCGGGAAUACAUCCCUAAAUAUAAGGAGAUCAAUUUACCAGAAAUCGCUGAUAAACAAAGAAAGGAAGUUUCGGAAUAUGAAGAAGAUUCCGAUGAUGAUCACAAAGAUAUACCAGGUAAGACAUCUGUUAUUAAGGAAACAUUGAUUGGGCAUGUACUUGCGACGAAGAUUAAUGGAUCGAGGAUCACCAAUGAAUCCAUGGAAUUGCCUAGAAAAGACAACGAGCUCACUGGUCAUCACGAACUGUCAAGAACUAUUGGUGUUCAUUCGGUUUGCAUAUCACCUUCAUGGAAGGGUAAGAAUUUGGGUACUUUGAUGUUACAUGAUUAUGUUCAAAAAUUAUCAAAUCAAGAUUUAGGUGAUCAAAUUGUUAUCAUUGUUCAUGCCGAACUAAUUAAGUUUUAUUCCAAGAUUGGGUUUGUUAACUUGGGAAUAAGUCAAUGUAAUUUUAGUGGAUCUGAAUGGUAUGAUAUGGCCAUAGAUUUGGUUCGUGAAGAUGAUUGA